AUGUUCUCAAGCUUCGUGAGUGACGUGCUUACAAACACAACAACAACAAUAGCAUGGGAGCAUCCGACUAGCCCUUCGAAAUUGAAAAAGUACGAUGUGUACCUCAGUGGAGAAAAAUUAUUCACGGAGAAACCACUGCAGAAUCGUAUGCUCAUCGAUAAAUUGAUUCCAGAUAGAAAAAACGAGCAGCCGUUUGAAUAUAUGUUUCCACUUUCUGAGGAUGGCAUGCUACCAAAUUGCGGCGAACGAAGAAGGAAGCAGAUAAGCGGAGGAGUCAUAAAGAUGAGAAUUAUCUCAUGGAAUGAAGCAAAGAAUUUCUCAAGGAUUAGCUUCAAAUUACGUCCACUCGAAAACCGAUUCAUUGUCAGAAAUGAGGAAGAAAUCAGUAUCGAAUCAAUCAAUAUCGAUUUGGCUUCUGUUAGAACUCAUCAAGAGCGUCUGGAUAGUCUUAACAACGAGGAGAAAGGAACCAUACAGAAAUUGUCACAGCUGGAUAAAUAUCUAGUAGUUUUCAACCGUCACCUCAUUGAGCUGGAAAACUCUGAAGAUGAUGUACAGAUUGAAUGGGAUAACGCAUAUCCUAAACUCGAGAAUACCUUCUUCGUUACGAUUGGGAUUGUUUUUGUACUGCAGUCUGGCCUUAUCGUAGCACUAAGGGAAGUGAUUAAGAAGAACUACAAGAAGGGGAAAAUACUCUUGCAUGGUCAGAAAGAAAAGUACGCUUCGGUGAAGAAAUUAAGAAGAUCUACCAUGACGACGUCAAUAACCGGUUCCUCAGUGGAGAAGUCCGUGAUGAAAGCCCCAGAAACUCCAUCCUCGAUGGAAAAGUCGAAGAUAAAUUCACCAAAAAUGACGUCCUCGGUAGAAAAGUCAAAGAUGAAGACUCCAGAAUCCUCGCUGGAGAAGUCGAAGAUGAAUGCGAUUAAAACACCGUCGCAACUUUCAGCGCAGUCCGCGGGAACUUCUGUAAAUGAGAAUGAAUCAAAAAAUAGGACGAAACACGAUGACAUCAGCGAACCCUAUGAAAAUUUGGGUUGA